AUUAACUAGAAAAGCUACCCUUUAGUUAUGUGGGGGAUACUACACAUUGCACAAGCUGUUUGGAUAACUAAAGAUAGGCAUGAUAUUUGGUUAAAGAUUGACUCCAAAAAAUGACACACACAUUAGGCAAAUGGGCAAUUUCCCAGCAUCAAAUCAUCUCAAAAUGCAGAGAAACCCAAACAAAGCCUAAUAAUAAGGAUGAACAAGCAGUGAUUCUCCCUCUUUCCACACCAUUUUCCAGAAGAAGAUGUGCAAUUCUAACUCCAUUGCUGUCAAUUACCCUCAUUUCAUUGCCUCCUCCUUCCUUUGCAAGAGAGAGAAGGAGCAGAAAAACCAUCCCUCUUGAAGAUUAUCUUACUAGCUCAGCUGAUGGAUUAAAGUACUACGAUAUUGAUGAAGGGAGGGGACCAGUGGCUGUAAAGGGAUCGAUAGUUCAGGUUCAUUUUGAUUGUGUAUAUCGCGGAAUAACAGCUGUCUCAAGUCGAGAAUCUAAGCUUUUGGCUGGAAACCGGAUCAUCGCACAGCCAUAUGUAUUCCAAGUUGGCUCUACUCCUGGAAGAGAACGGAAGCGCGAGUUUGUUGAUAACCCAAAUGGAUUAUUUUCUGCCCAGGCAGCUCCUAAACCUCCUCCAGCUUUGUACAGUAUUGUUGAAGGAAUGAAACUGGGAGGCAAGAGGACUGUGAUAGUUCCCCCAGAACUUGGAUAUGGGAAGAAAGGAUCAAACGAGAUUCCGCCUGGAGCAACAUUUAAUCUAAACGUUGAGCUCUUGAAAGUAAUUCCACCAGAGAAAAGCAGUUAACAGAUGUUAUUCCCUUUCUAAUCGAUCCCAAGGAGGAUUAACAAUUUUGCAAUAUGCUGAUCAGUUUGCCAACAGCAAGCCAUUAUAUGAAGCAAAUGACUGUGUAGCCUGCUGCCCCUGGAAAACACAGCGCCGUGAUUACCUGUGUACAAAUACUUAUACUCUUAUUGUUACAAUGUCACUCUUCACAUUCUUCUUUAUUUUUUCAACUCCUCUAUCUCAUUUUUCCUUAUGUAGAGGCUUUCCUAACUAAGAGAAAGUAAUGUUAAUACAUGUAUUGGUUACGAUUGAAUUUUGGCUGAUUUGGAAUAUCACAUCUUUGAAGAUUCAGAGAAGGGAAACCUUCAAUGUAGAAAGGUAGUGCAGAGGUUAAUGUUAUCGAGAGGUUUGCAAUUACAACUGCAAGGAAGGUUAUUUGAAGUCUUUGGUUUCUUAAACUGUAGAUGGAAUUAGAAAGUACAUUAAUACAAAACUACAAGUCUACGGCA